UCUGUGAUUUUGGAACUGAAGGGUCCAACUCGUGGCGUUGGAAGCACGUUCUGUGUUGAUUUGUUUGAGACAAUUUGGAUUUGAUGAUAAAAUAUCGGCUCAUCCAAGGAAAGGAUACAAAUUCACGGGUUCAUGGAUUUCAAUAUUCGACCACUGCCAGUAGAUCAAGGAACCAGCGAAGUCCAGCCGAAGUGCACGUGGGUCGGAGCCCAAGCGCCACAAGGUUGCCGAUUUCCGAAGCCCCAAUGCUCCGAAACUAUAAACUACGAAUGCCCAUUGCAGCCAAUUCACUGUUCACUCAACAACCACUUCAUCAAUUCUCGUCUCGCUCCUCUGGGUCCCCGAAAAUGGCGAGUAACGAGAGCAGCAAACCAGAAAAUGAAGAUCAAUUGAAGGCCAUAUUCGAGCAGAAACGGACCCUUCGAUCCAGCGUUCGAAAAGCCCUCAGAGCCAUGGAUCCCUCCCUCAGAUCCCAGGAAGACAAUGCGAUUCAGAAUAUUAUUUUGGAAGCUCCGUGGUUUAAAUCUAGUCAGAGAUUGUGUGCUUAUGUUAGUUGCAGUGCCUUGAGAGAAGUUGAUACGUCGAGACUGUUAUCAGAGAUUCUGCAACACCAACCAAAAGAUGGUUAUUCGAAGAAGAUUUAUGUCCCACGUGUGGAGGACAAGAACAGUCACAUGCGGAUGUUCAAUAUUUCACGUAUGGAUGAUCUUAUUGCAAACUCAAUGAAUAUCUUAGAACCAGCUCCAGUGGACGGUGAUGGAAAUGAACGUGAAGAUGUUAUGCAGACAAAUGACCCCAUUGAUUUAUUCCUCUUACCAGGUCUAGCAUUUGAUAAAUCAGGAAGGCGCCUAGGCCGAGGAGGAGGGUACUAUGAUACUUUCCUAAAGAACUACCAAGAGCUUGCGAAAGUGCGGAAUUGGAAGCAGCCCCUCCUUGUUGCACUGUCCUAUUCAGUGCAGAUAAUUGAUGAAGGAGUUAUACCACUCACUCCAAAUGACGUUUCAGUAGAUGCUCUUGUAUCACCAUCUGGUGAGAUUCCCACCAGCUCGGCUGGACUGGACAAAAUAAGAGUGUGAUAUUAGACUCAGAGAAUCAAUCCUGAACGAUGCCUUAUUUGAUGAAAUCCUUGACAAGCUGGAGCUCGGAAUCCUCGAAGCUGUUACAUUAUGCGUACGCCUUUCCCCUCUCUGCUUUUCAGAUAAGGCAUCACGAGGAAGUUAUGGUUCCUCUAGCUUCCAACUGUGAUAUAACUCUGAAUGACAUGUAAGUUAGUUGAUUUGUAUACGCAUGCUUUAGGCAGCAUCGAGGAAACUAUGAUGUAUUAUUGACUAUAAAAAGACUUUUUUUUGGUUGUUUUCAAACAAAUAACUGGUCAUCUGCAAAUACUUUCAUCAUCUGGAAUAAACGCGUUGGUGGUGUUCAGAAAAUGAAGGUGCACUUGCUCUUAAGAGUUGUUGGUCAUUUGUA